AUGGAAAAUGGUAAGAUCGUAGAGCAAGGAACUUACGAAGAAUUAAUUCGCAACGGAAAAAAUUUUUCAAAGUUGAUAGAAGGAUAUGGACAAUCUGAAGAUGUAGAAAAAAGAGUUGUGAAUUAUGAAGAUUUAACAAGUAAUGCGAAUAUAAGAAAUUCAUUACUUGUACAUGAAAAUGAAUCGAUGACUCAAGAGGAACGAUUGAUUGGCGCAGUGAAAAUGGAAAUUUACUAUUCAUACGUCAAAGCAGCUGGUGGAUUGUUUUUGGUUCCGGGAGUAACAUUGGGUUUGCAUCUUCAAAUUUUCCGCUUCAUGUUGGAAUUCCUGAAAUCAAUGAUCUCAGCUAAUUAUAAUUACAUCUCACAAUCAAGAGGCAAUUUAUGGCUUUCCUAUUGGACAAGCGAUAAGUUUCAACUUUCCGCGGAAAUCUAUAUGGAGAUUUAUGCUGCUUGGGGUGUCUCCGAGGGAAUAUUUAGUAUUCUCGUGGGUCUUUCGCUUUCUUUGGCUACACUUUCAGCGGCUCGAAAUCUUCAUCGAAAGGUGUUAAAACGAGUAUUGAGCGCACCCAUCAGUUUCUUUGAUACAACACCCAUUGGACGAAUUUUAAAUCGAUUCAGCAAAGAUAUCGACACGUGCGAUAACAUAAUUACCCAACCUUUGCAAUUAUUCUUAUACACGAUAGCAGACAUAUGUGGAAUAUUUAUCUUAGUAACUGUCAUAUUUGUGUAUUUCUUGAUUCCGGCGGCGCCACUCUUUUUUCUGUAUUAUUAUUAUUCGAACUAUUUUCGGGAAUCAAAUCGAGAGUUAAUACGUCUGGUUUCAAUAUUGAGGGCUUCAUUAUAUGCUCAGUUCACCGAAACGCUGACAGGCUUACCGAUAAUACGCGCAUACCGUUUGCAAGAAACUUUUCUGCGCACAAACGAAAAAUACCUUGAUAACGAAAAUCGUGCUUACAUUCUAUACAACGCUGUCAGCAAGUGGCUAUUUAUAAGGGUGGAAUCUAUAGCAAACAUGCUUAUCUAUGUUGCAAGUCUAUUAUGCGUCUACGAAAGGUUUGAUGUGGAUCCAUCCAUAGUGGGGGUAAUUUUAAGUUAUAGCAUGGUCGUCACGGGAGAUUUUAGUUGGUGUAUUAGACAAUUCUCUGAUGUGGAAACAGCGACGAAUUCAGUGGAACGCUUAUUGUACUACAUAGAGAAUGUUGAAAGUGAACCAGAUCCGAUAAUUCUAGGACAUCGCCCGCCACCCGAAUGGCCCACCAAGGGAGAGAUCGUUAUUAAAGACUUG